AUGACUUUGUUCCCCACCAAGUUUGAAAAUGGGAAGAUUGAGUACAAGAUAAGGUACAAGGGGAGAUCAAGGCCAUUCUCUAGAGCCAAGGCCUUGGUGACUUCAGAACAGUCCAGGGACCCAACCAAGCUAAAGGAGCUUCUGUCUCAAGUCCUCACUAUCACCCUUGAUGGUGUCAAAGGAGCCAGCUCGACCGAUAGCUCGAUCGAGCUAGAAACCAGGGCAACUCGAUCGAGUUCACAACUCGACCGAGGUACUUUAGUGAAGAAACAGUGUAACAAGAUGACAAACAGUGAGGGAAGCGCGCUUCACAGAGGAGAAUGGUUGAGGGUGAAUCAAGCAAUGCAAGAGGAAAGGCUUAAGAUGCAAGCCGAUUUGGAGAGGAUGAUCAGAGGAUGGAAGAUCUGA